CCUACUGUAUCAGACUGUUAGCAGUCCGCUCCAGGGCGCGCGCGUUUACUGGAGCAGAGCAUCUCCCGGGCAGGAUUUUCACCUGUCUCUUUUUGCCACAGCAUACAUAUAUAUCUACGUAUGUGUCUUCUUUCUCUUCUUGACAUAUUUCCGAAACAUUACACGGAGCAAAAACGGAGUUAAUUGAGGACGACGAAAAACGACCUUCUCUAACUUCUGCAAUCAUGAUGUCCAUGAACAGCAAGCAGCCUUUUAGUAUGCAUCCGAUCCUGCACGAGCCAAAGUAUACACCACUCCACUCGAGCUCGGAGGCUAUUCGGCGAGCAUGCCUGUCCACGCCCUCGUUGCAGGGCAACAUCUUUGCUGGCUUCGACGAGACGCUGCUCCAGAGGGCCGAAGCCCUAGCCGCCGUGGACAUCGUGGCGCAGAAAAGCCACCCAUUCAAGCCGGACGCCACCUAUCACACAAUGACCAGCAUGACCAGUAUGACAUGCACGCCCACGUCGUCGUCGUCGCACCUGCAUCACCCGUCCAUGCUCACGACGCACCACCAUCACCACCACCACCAUCACCCACACCACCAGGGCGCACAGGGCCUGGAGGGUGACCUGCUAGAGCACCUGACGCCCGCCAUCUCCUUGGGCGCAAUGCCCACCGCCGACGUUGGCACAGGCCACUCGCACAUGGCGGCGGCCAUCAACCACAUGCAGCCGCACCACCCGCAGAGUAUGAGCAUGCACCCGCAUGGCUUGGGUUCACACGCGCUCGGCGGAGCAGGCGGCGGAGGCGGCGGCGGUGGCAUUCCAGACUCGGAGCCCGACCCGCGCGAGCUCGAGUCGUUCGCCGAGCGCUUCAAGCAGCGGCGAAUCAAGCUCGGAGUGACGCAAGCGGACGUGGGCGCAGCGCUGGCCAACCUCAAAAUCCCGGGCGUAGGCUGCCUGAGCCAGAGCACCAUCUGUCGUUUCGAGUCACUCACGCUUUCGCACAACAACAUGGUGGCACUCAAACCCAUCCUGGAGGCCUGGCUGGAGGAAGCGGAGCGCGCGCAGCGCGAGAAAAUGACCAAGCCCGAAAUAUUCAACGGUGCUGACAAGAAGAGGAAGCGUACGUCCAUCGCGGCGCCCGAGAAACGCUCUCUGGAGGCUUACUUCGCCGUACAGCCGCGGCCCUCGUCCGAGAAGAUCGCUGCCAUCGCAGAAAAACUGGACCUGAAAAAGAACGUGGUGCGCGUGUGGUUCUGCAAUCAGAGGCAAAAGCAGAAACGGAUGAAAUUCUCAGCAACGCACUAGGGGUGGUCAUUUUUUUACUUUUGUUAUUCAGGAUGGGUGGGCGGGUGUUCUGGUUGGUGUGCGGUGCGGGAAUGGCUGGAGUGUCCCAAAGACUGGAAACAGCUCAAACUUCAGCCUGAGAAGAGAAACAAAACAAACCAAUAAGAAGACUCUUGAUGCUCUCAGGCGUGAGAGAAAAAUCACCAACUAGUGGCAAUGAAUUAUUGUACAAAAGGGAAAUAGAAUAAUAACGAUUAUUCUCUUAAAUAACUCUUUUAUAUUCAUUCGUGUACAUACCUGUGAAUACGCUGCACCUCUGUGAAGAGCGCGUCGUCGUCUUUUCCCAUUUUUAUUUUCUCUUUUUUUGAUCAAAGAAAAAAGAAAGCAAAAAAAGAGUCUUUAAUGUUGUUUAAUGUGACACAGAAGAAGAAGAGCGAGAGAGUGAGAGGAGACAAAAAAGAGGGACUGUUGUAACCCAUUGCAUGGUUGACUAGGGCGUUCAGUGUGCUUUUAAAACUCCCCAACAUGUUUGAAUGCAUUGCAAUAAGAGAGAACACGUACCGAAACGCACACACACCCACACACACUCUCUCUCUCAAACACUCACACACGAAAAUAGGCUACCAGUCUGUGUCUACCUCAUGACCCACGUUAGGACACGCACUCUCAUGAUCAUUUUGGAAAAAUCAUUUUGCGUAAAAACAGACUAGUAUUUAAAGCAUUUUUUUCUGUUCACACCUGGUUUUGGUUGAAUUAGCCUAGAUAGAAGUGCUCAUAUCUCAGCUAAUAUCACUGCAACGAUGCUUUGACAAUCAAAUGGUUAGAUUAAAAACGAUGUAAAGGCCCCUCUAUGUCUUCACUGAAACUGCUAUCUGUUGACAUUAUUAUUAUUAUUAUUAUUAUUAUUAUUAUUAUUAUUAUUAUUAUUGCUGGGCCUGUUGACGGGAACAUUGAUUAGCUUACACCGCAUUCUCAGAUGUUCAUUGCACUUUGUAGAUAACUGUUGAGAUACCAGUCUUUGACUUAUUUAUAUUUGUAAUGAUUUUUGUUCCUUAUUUAUUUAUUUGACAUUAAUUUAUUUGAAUAUCCGCGUAUUUUUCAUUUGUGAACGUGUGCUUAAAUGUGUCUGUGUAAGCGACAGAAAUUCAAAUAAACCAUGCACGUUUUACCUCA